UUUUGAACUCAGCACGACCACUUAGGAAGACAAUCUAAAUAAUUGUCCAGGUAUGUUUUUUUAUUCUCAAUGCCAAAUCGCAUUAUCGAAUAUGAUCAAAUUCUAAUAUAUCCUCAAAGGCAGUCAUGCAGAUCUUCGUCAAGACCCUUACGGGCAAAACUAUCACCCUCGAGGUUGAGUCUUCGGACACCAUCGACAAUGUCAAGGCCAAGAUCCAAGACAAGGAGGGAAUCCCACCUGACCAACAGCGAUUGAUCUUCGCCGGAAAGCAACUUGAGGAUGGCCGCACCCUUUCCGACUAUAACAUCCAAAAGGAGUCCACUCUUCACUUGGUGUUACGUCUCCGUGGUGGUGGUAAGAAGCGCAAGAAGAAGGUCUACAGUACCCCAAAGAAGAUCAAGCACAAGCGCAAGAAGACCAAGCUCGCUGUAUUGAAGUACUACAAGGUUGAUGGUGACGGAAAGAUCGAGCGUCUCCGCAGAGAGUGCCCAACCCCAGACGUAAGUUAUUCGUUGACGAAUUCUGGGUUUUAAAUGGUUCUAACUUUCCUUUCAGUGUGGUGCCGGUGUUUUCAUGGCUGCCAUGCACGACCGUCAAUACUGUGGACGUUGCCACCUCACCUACAUUUUCGAUGAUGCCAACAAAUAAAUGAUCUACAACCGAUAGACGGAUGUGAAGGGGAUAGUUUCUUGCAAGCUAUGAUGUAUUCCAAAUAUUACUCAAUGCUACGCGGAAUCUAAAGCAAACAUGACCGUUCUCUUGAAGACUAUGUAAUGAAACUUGAAUUUGGGUUGCUGCGAAUGCGUGGAGAAAUUUGGCCUAGACCUUGGACAUGAGUGAAAGUGAUCCUAUUUGUUAUUAUAGCCUUCCUCUGGAAGAGCGCGACCGUUGUUGUUGGCUUGGUACAUGCUAUUCUACCAUCGAUUAUACCUAAUUCCAAUUCUGCAUGU